CUUCAAAUGCGCCAUCAGGCCAUUCUGAACUCCUGAACAAGAAACUACCAGCAUCCAAAAUGGCGCCACUUAGCAUCGACACUACGUUCAAGUUGCUCAGCGGUUACGAGAUUCCCAGACUAGGAUUCGGGGUUUAUCAAGUGUGAGCGCCAUGAUGUCUCACCGAGCAAACCAGGCUGAAUUCGUCGCCAGGCCGCCAAAAGACACAGCACGAUGCCUUACUGAAGCGUUUGACGCCGGGUAUCGCCAUAUUGACUCGGCGGCGUCGUACAGGAACGAAGGAGCCUGCGGGGAGGCCAUCCGCGGUGCCUCGUCGAUACCCCGCAGCCAAAUCUUUUUCACGUCCAAAGUCCCGCCCCGAAAAAUGGGCUACGAGGGCACAAUGGCCCAGGUGGACGACACCCUCGCUAAGUCCGGCCUGGAGUACAUCGACCUGAUGCUGCUCCAUUCCCCAUACGGCGGCUCCACCAGACGGAAGGGCUCUUGGAAGGCCCUGGUCGAAGCGGUAGAGGCCGGUAAAGUGCGCAGCAUUGGCGUUAGCAACUACGGCGUGCACCACUUGGACGAGUUAGACCGGCAUAUCGCCGAGCUAGAGCAGGAACGCGGCGGCAAGGGCAGAGGCGGUGUACUUAGCGUUGGUCAGUGGGAAAUCCAUCCCUGGUGUCCGCGUAGGGACAUCGUCGAGUGGUGCAGCAAGCGGGGUGUCGCUGUUGAGGCAUACUCUCCCCUGGUGCAGGGUAAGCGGUGGGGCGAGCCCGUCACAAAGAAGUUGGCGGACAAGUACGGGAAGAGCGAGGCCCAGAUCCUGAUCCGCUGGAGCCUGGAGAAAGAACUGGUCCCGCUGCCCAAGAGCGCCACGUCGGAGCGCAUCCGGGAGAAUGCCGACGUCUACGACUUUGAGCUCAUUCCUCAGGAGGUGCAGGAGCUCGAGACGGACGAAUACUCGCCCGUGUGUUGGGAUCCUACCACUGCGUCGCUGGACGAGUGAGCUGGAAUGGGAAGACUCGGUAUUUCUACUUCGCUCAUCUGGUUCGUACCAUAUGGUCGACUGUCCAAGUACAAAAGUGAGAUGCGUACGGACAAAGAUCAGCCCAUUAUAACAAUUGGAUGUCUUGCGUAUCACAGAC